CUAUACCAAAAGGCUUGGGUUGUUUUUGAAAAGAAGUAACGUCAGAAUUUAAGGCUCGUCUGACCUAUUUUCCCCUUCGUGUUCUCCAUUUUGUUGUGAAAUAUCCCCCUUUGCCCAUAGAAUUACACCCAGACGCCACGAAACCAUGCCAUCCCCCUCGCCUGUACCCUCUUCCACGGCGGAGGGUUCUUCCAAGAAUUCCCCCACCAAAGGAAGCUUAUCAUUGGGGGAUCUUGAUGCUGUCGAGGUGUUGCCGGCAUCGGCGACUGCUGGAUGGAGUUCUGCUCGCCAAAAACGAAAAUGGAGCCAGAGUGGUUCCACUAAGGAUGUUGCUGGCCCAAGUUCUAUUGCAUUGAAGAAUGUUGAUCCAUCGGAUGGAGUAGGAGCUUUCCCUAAAGCUAUGUCACUUGCCGAUUACCUCAAGCUGGAGGGAAGCGAUAUCAACUUAAACAUAAAUACAUAUUAUUACUUGGUUGCACUUGGUGAGGGAGGUAUUGUUGUAGAGGGACAAACUUCUGCUGAGAAGCCGCACCAGCAUAAACAGAUGAAGCAUGUGGACCCUAAAAUUGAUGAAAAAUACGUGGAAUUUAAGCAAUUUGAUAUUGUAGGUGAUCACUCUGAUCACUUCUAUUCGAACCCAAGAGAAAGGAAGGUUCAAGUAGUUAAUGAGCCUGGGAAGGACUGGGUGAAGCGGAUUCAACAUGAAUGGAAAGUCCUAGAGAAAGAUUUGCCAGAUAAUAUAUUUGUAAGAGUUUAUGAGGAUAGGUUGGAGCUGCUUAGAGCAGUCAUUAUUGGACCAUCAGGCACUCCUUACCAUGACGGGCUAUUCUUUUUUGAUGUUUAUUUCCCUCCCCAAUAUCCUAGAAACCCUCUGCUAGUGAUCUAUCACUCUGGAGGUAUGCGGCUUAAUCCAAAUCUCUAUGCCUGUGGGAAAGUCUGUCUCAGUUUGUUAAACACAUGGCCUGGUGAUGGAUGUGAGAAGUGGAACCCAUCCAAUUCAACGCUACAAGUCCUAGUCUCCAUUCAAGCCUUGGUAUUAAAUGCAAAACCUUAUUUUAAUGAACCUGGUUUCGAAAGUUAUGCUAAUACACCUCGGGCAGAGAAGAAGUCUAUAGCUUAUAAUCAGGAGACUUUUCUGUUGUCCUGCAAAACAAUGUUGUAUUCUCUUCGCAAUCCACCAAAGCAUUUUGACGACUUCAUUAUUGGUCAUUUUCACAAAUAUGGGCAUAGUAUCCUCAUAGGAUGCAAUGCCUAUAUGGAUGGUGCCCAAGUUGGAAGCAUUAUAGGAGGGGUGAAGGCUAUUGACAAAGGCAACAAAGGCUGCUCAACAAAGUUUAAGGGUUCAUUGAAGAAAUUAUUUGAGGAACUUAUGAUGGAAUUCAUUGGUAUAGGUGUUGAUUGUCAUGAAUUCAUGAUAGACACCACAUUGAAGCUCUAAGAAUAAAAAUAACUGAUGAUAUUGUCAAUUUUGGUUUUCUUGGCAUGGAUGUAGAAUUAUUGAUUCUAUCCUCAAAACUCAAAGUGAAGGUCAUAAGGCCUGCAAUAGAUAUGGACCUAUAGUCCAUAUUUCUAUUGGUAGAUUGCAUGAACAUAUAUUUGUUUUGCUAUUUUCAAGACAUAUGUUGCACAUGUGGCUUUUAUUUCACCAUCCAUGUAAGAAUUAGUGAUGUUACCCAGAUUGUUGGGUAAUGCAAGUAGGCUAGCUUGAUCUUGUUAACUUAUGCCUAUCAUGAGCUGGUAGUUCUAUUAUUUAAUAAGUGCAACAUGAAAGACUUAUUCCUAACAA